AUGGCUGGCAAAGCACAAAUUUCUACUGGUAACCCUGGUGGCAUAUGGAGACAAAGGAAGUAUCCCCCGACGGUGAAUCGAGCUUGCCAAAGAUGCAGCAGGAAGAAAAUCAAAUGUGAUAUGGGACGUCCAUAUUGCGGCCUUUGCAAGAAGGUGGGAGCCUCGUGCACUUUCCCAGUCAGACAGAAAGCAUGUCGUGGUAGCACCACCUCUCCAAAGAAUCCAAAGCGCAACAAUACUGCGUCACAUAUCAACGACACCGUCGACGGGAAUGGUUCGCUACAUCAUCAAGGUGGUGGAGAUGGAUUUGAUCGCCUCACAACCUCCUUUUUCCGAGUGGUAGACUCGAACACCUUGUUACAAGGAUCACAAGAAUCCUUCACGAGUGAGCACCAAACGGAAGAAUCAGCAAAAGUCUCUACGCACUCCUCUAGCGGCCAGCGCGACUCCAGAAUCGAACUUCCAGAAACCGUAUCUCUGCCAAGUAUAAGGAGUGAGAGCCCCCCAAGCGUGCGGAAUAUCAGCCUUGAUGUACAACCGCCCUCGUCAGAGUUUGGAUCAAGCAUUGGUCACGGAAGUGCCCAAGCAAACGAACCUAACGGUUGGGAUAUACCCGAUGAAGCGGCAGUCGAAAUUAUCAAUCAAUAUUUCGCCAAUAUUCAACCUUGGCUUAGCAUCCUACAUCGUCCAAUCUUCCAUGAGGAGUACAUGGUCACUGCAGGCCCUGAAAUAAAACAUCUCCGGCCAGCUGCAGAACUCGGACAAGCGGCAGUCUUCAUGAUCAAUGGCAUUUUCUCGCUGGCAGCAAGGUUCUCGACACAUCCCUAUUUUGAAACGACUCCGGUGCAAGAACGCGGGCGAAAGUUUGCCAGGAGUGCGACUUUAAUCAAGGAUACCAUGAUCAAUACUAUCGAGGAACCGACAUUGGAAUUCACCAAAGGCUGUGUUUUGCUGGCAUACCAUUACAUAACAGCUGGCGAACUUGCACAAGGUUCUAUGCUCACGAGCAUAUGUGUUCACUAUGCGUACGAUCUAGGGUUGGACAUGGUUGACGUGAGGUGUAUCGGUGAUGAUGGAAGCGGUGAAGACAACCUACAAGACGUGGAUGCGUGGGUACACAUGGAAGACCUUCGCAGAUUGUGGUGGGCCAUCUGGGAACUCGAUGCCUUCGUCGCAACCAUCUCCAGUCAAACGUUUCGGAUCAACAAGUCCAGUGAGAUUAAAGUCUUCCUGCCAGUCUCCCAAGACCAUUGGUAUUCUCGACAGCCAAUUCUGUCAUCCGUCUUGGACCAUUGUCCUGCUACGGCAUGGAAAAGCUUGGAAGGAUGUCCUAAUCAAAGCCCCCAUGCCUGGUGUCUGGUCGCAAAACAAGUUAAAUCUUUGCUUGCCAUCGCUGCCGGUCGCCGGCACACGAAAGUCUCUCCAACAGAUAUCCACGAAUUUGAAACCUCAGUAUGUUGCCUCAAAUUGGCCUUGCCUGUCCAAUUUAACAUUCAAUCUCUGUAUCUGGACCGCGAUAACUUUGUGGACGGACUCUGGAUUAUUGAUAUACACCUGAUGAUAUUAGCUAGCGAAACUUUCCUCGCAAGACUUCAUUCCUCGAGUCCCAACCUCAGCGAGGGCUAUGACCUAUACCAAUCGUCUGCUUCUAGAGAGCACCGAUUGAGAUCAUACCUGAUCCACAUUGCUCAAGUCUGGCCCUCGGAGUAUAUUCCUCUCACCAAUCCGAUCAUGUCAUGUGCCUUGGUGAUUCCUGCGACGCUAAGCUCUCAACAACCUGAGAUGGCCCCAACUUGUCUCGAGGUAACGACCUUGGUUUUGAGCCACAUGGCAAGAUACUGGGCUCUAGGUCACGUUGUUAUUCGACUGCUUUCAGCCAUUCAAGAAGGCUUAAAUCUUCAGUCACAGAGCCUGCAAUCGAAAGAAUCUGAGAUGGCCAAACGAUUCUCUACACUGUUACCGGUCUCGCCGUCUUCGACCUUGCAUGAUUGUUCCAUCAGAACACAGUCCAGCCCUUCAACUCAGCACGUAGGCGAGGGCGCCACGCAAGGAGAAGGACCACCUACGCUGCCAAUCCUGGGGAAUCUCCAUCAGAUUCCAUUCAAGGGCGCGCACUUCAAAUUUGUCGAAUGGGCAAAGCAGUACGGAGGAAUCUUUUCUCUGAAGCUAGGCCCUGGCACAGCGAUAGUCAUCACCGACCGUCGCCUGGUACGCGAACUUUUGGACAAGCAAAGCGCAAUCUCAAGCUAUCGACCGCCGUCAUACGUGGGCAAUCUGAUCACGGGGGGAGACCAUGUGCUCAUCAUGGAUGCGAGUCCGAAGUGGAGGACGAUGCGGAAACAGAUCGUCCAGGAAUUCACUGAGACCAUGUGUGAAAAGAAACAUAUCGACGUGGUGAAUGCGGAGGCCGUUCAGAUGCUGCGGGAUACUGUCAUUGAUCCCGAGGGCUUGAUGAAACAUCCAAAGCGGUUCGCCAACAGCAUCAUCAUGAGUCUGGUUUUCGGGGUUCGUACACCGGACAUCUCGACACCGCACAUGCACCGAAUGUUCGAGCUCAUGGAGCAUUGGUCACUCGUCAUGGAGUUAGGCAGUACCCCUCCGGUCGACUUCUACCCGUUUCUUAAAUGGAUCCCAGAACGGUUCCUGGGAAACUGGUUGUCUCGAGCAAAUCAGGUCAAACAAGAAAUGCACUCUCUGUACGAAGACCUUGUCGAGGAUGUGAUCAAACGAAGACACUCCCUCGGUCCACGAGACUCCAUGUUGGACCGAGUUCUAGACCAACAAGACGCUGGGAAGCUGGAGCUGACCAAGCAUCAGCUUUAUUUCCUCGGGGGCAUCGUCAUCGAAGGUGGUUCAGAUACCACGGCGUCGGGACUCCUGGCGUUCCUCAAAGCUAUGGUAUGCUUUCCGGAGUUCCAGAAGAAAGCACAGGCCGAGAUCGAUAGGGUUGUCGGGGAGGACCGCACUCCACAAUGGUCGGACUUUGAGAAGCUGCCUUAUGUAAAUCAGAUCGUGAAGGAGUCUAUGAGGUGGCGGCCACUGGCUGGGCUGGGGGUUCCUCAUGCUCUUUCUGCGGGCGAGUCCACCUUACAUUAUGUACAAUUUCUCUGA